GAGAAGGUGUUGGUGGAAUCAGAUAGCAUGAAUGAACCAGGCCGUGUUGUGUGGCAACUCGCCCUUUGUCUUCUACUGGCCUGGCUUAUUGUUUUCUUUUGUCUUGUCAGAGGUAUUAAGUCAUCAGGAAAGGUUGUGUAUUUCACAGCUACAUUUCCAUACCUUGUAUUGUUCAUUCUGCUCAUCCGAGGUGCCACUUUACCCGGUCAUCUUGAUGGUAUAAAGUUUUUUAUAGUCCCGAAAUUUGACCGCCUAAGUGACCCACAGGUAGUCAAGAAAAUUCUUUUACCACCAUUGAAGCUUAAGUUGAGUUUAUGCUCAAGUGUGUUUAUGAGGUGGUCUUUGGUCUCUUUAUGAAUGUGUUGAAAGUUG